GGCGUUUCUAAAGCUAGCUAACAUUAGCUAAGAUUUGUUUGGACAUUAAAAGGGGAUUUUUUUGUUAGCAAAACACUUUGUACAUGUUUCGCACAGUUAUUUCUUUUUUUAAUUGUUAAAGGAAGUAGGUGAUUUGGCUUGAUAGAAAGCGACCGUGCUGUUUUGUGUAAAUAAAGUUAGCUACUCUACAUGUACAUUAAGGUUACUCACGUCCGAGUCACAAGGAGGUCAAAGGACGACAACAAGCAUUAUUUUGGGUAUCCUCUUGAGUCAGUUGCAGUCAUGGAGUAACACUCUGGGAGCUGUUAAGUUUGUGUUAUGGCUUUAGCGAGCUCCUCAUUAAUAUCACCUGUCAGACUCUUCUGUGUGCACCUGUGCUCAAGAACGAGCAGGACGCUCUCUAAACACGUUUUGUGUCAAAGGAGUUGGUGCCCUGGUGCAGGUGCAUCAUCAGCUCUGUGCAGACAAACAAACUCUCUCUGGUGGAAUGGGACUCGAGGGUUUCUCUCCCGGGGUAGUGGUGGUGAAGGUGCCUCCGAGGAGCAGCAGACCCUGGAGGACCUGGCCCAGAACAUCAGAGAGCAGCAGUACAAGAGGGUGGUGGUGAUGGCUGGAGCUGGGAUCAGCACACCUAGUGGCAUCCCAGAUUUCAGGUCUCCAGGCAGCGGUCUCUACAACAAUCUGCAGCAGUAUGACCUGCCUUACGCCGAGGCGAUAUUCGAGUUAGGCUUUUUCCAUCAAAACCCAAACCCCUUCUUCGCCCUGGCCAAAGAGCUGUACCCAGGGAAUUAUCAGCCCAAUCUGACCCAUCACUUUGUACGGCUGCUUCACAAGAAGGGUCAGCUCCUCAGGAUGUACACCCAGAACAUCGACGGGCUGGAGAGGCUGGCAGGGAUUCCUCCUGAGAUGUUGGUGGAGGCUCACGGUACUUUUGCCACCGCCACCUGCACGGUCUGCCUGAGGAAAUACAAAGGAGGCGAGUUACGGUCAGAUGUGAUGUCAGGUGUCGUGCCGAAGUGCCCCACCUGUAAAGGCGUGGUGAAGCCCGACAUUGUGUUUUUCGGGGAGGAGCUUCCGUUUAACUUCUUCAAGUAUCUCACAGAUUUCCCACUGGCAGACCUCUUGAUCGUCAUGGGAACAUCACUGGAGGUGGAGCCCUUUGCCAGUCUGGCGGGGACUGUGCGUCCCUCUGUGCCCCGUCUGCUCAUCAACAGGGACCGGGUGGGUCCGUUCGCCGGGCGCUGCAGUCCUCAUGAUGUGGUGCAGCUGGGCGACGUGGUCAGCGGUGUGCAAGCCCUGGUGCAGGCCCUCGGCUGGACUCAGGAGCUGGAAGCUCUGAUGGCCGCUGCUGCCGAGAAAGCUGCAACAAAGACAGAAGAGUGACGAAUUCACCGCAUCAAGUUGGAGGUUUGACUUUAUUAUCUGCACUCGCUGUAACGAAAACACCAACACUGCAGGACUAAACCCAGACUUAUUUUCUUACUGGGGCUCAUGUGCUCAUACUUGUUUGAUGUUUGGUUAUAUGAAUCGAAACUCACAGACUUUCAUAUAAGGAACUGCUUCAAUGGAAAUGCAAAAAUGUCUCUCUUAUUUGAUAUAUAACAGAACACAGGUAAGUGACAUGCAGCUAUGAUCAAACCACGGAAAUAUCAAACUCGGUGUAUAUGUGCAAUAUAAUAUACUGUGCAGCUGAAAGAAAUACGACAUUUCUUGAGUAAGAAACAACCUUGUUAAUGGCCGUUGUUUGAAUAAGGUUAAUUCAUCCAACUGGAAUCACUUUUUGGAAUAAUUCACAUUUGGUGCUGAGGUGUUUUUAAUGGAUUUCGGACAAGAAUGGAGCUCUAUAGCACGGAGAUAGAAGAUAUAUGUUGGUCCUUUCGUGGGAUUUGAUAGUAUUAUAACCUGCAGAGGGAGCCAGAGGACUGCCUUUGGUGUGACAAAGAUCACUGUUUCAAUUUGAAUUCAAGUGGCAGUUGGUUUUAUAAUACUGAUAAAGGGGAGGAUAUUGUAGUGAGUAAAUCUCUAGUAUGGUUUACAAUAUCUUAAUUAAACUGAAACAGAGCAACAAAUGUCAGCGGAAAUAAAACCUUUCAUUUGUAAACGAUCAAAUGACGUCAGUUGGGUUAUCAUAUUAUGAUAAGUGCCUAUCACUGUACACACUGCAUUAUGUACUGCACACUAAAACUUCUUUAUUAAUGCAUGAAUUAAAAAAGUCAUACCUGCA